AUGUCGAACCACUCAAACGGUGUGGAUUUCAACCUCAUUCGAUCUCCCACUCAGCACUCCUUUAUUCCCUCUACGAGUCCUCUUCCCACAACAAUUGCCAUGUUCUCUCGCAACAUUGCCCGUCUAUCCCAGCGCGCUGCGCCAGUUCGCUCGGCCGCGCAGCGCCGCUUCAACAGCGCUGAGGCCAAGCCUUCUUGGAUCGUUGAUAAUGAGUUCAAUCGCGAACGGGCUGCUGUCAAGCACCACGCCGCCUCCACUAGCGAUCUCUGGCGCAAGCUCUCCAUCUUCGCUGUUAUUCCUUGCUUGAUUGGUGGGGGUAUCAACGCCUACAACCUCUGGUCUGAGCACUGGGAGCACUGGGAGCACAUGGCCCCUCUUGAAGAGCGCACCGAGUACCCUUACCAGAACAUCCGCGUGAAGAACUACCCUUGGGGAGACGGUGACAAGACCAUCUUCUGGAACUCCGAUGUCAACUAUCACAACAAGGACAAGGCCACCUGA